AUGGUAGUAGGUGGAUUAAUAAAGUACUCCACCAAGAAACGAAACUUCGAAUUGAAAACGAUUGCGUAUCGAAAAUGGAGGGCAGAAAACAACGAACAUUGUAUCUUAAUAUUUGUUGAAAAUGCUGAAUCGUUCUCGUUUCUAUACGAACAAAGUAACUGGCCUACAACACUAGCAAACUGUCAAUAUACAAUAAGAAAACCAUCGAUUCCACCACAACUUGCACUAGUACUAUCAUCGGUCUCACUACAGACUGAUUGGGGGGACUUUGUCCAAGAGCUGAAAGAUAAGCAUUCCGAUAUAAUCAAUGUUAUCCGUCUACGGAAUAAAGCACAACAACCAGUGCGUGCUGUGAAACUGGAAUUUAGCUCAUUAAGAGCUCGUAAUGAUCUCCUAGCAACAGGUGAAGUAUUAAAUUUGCAUAUGAAAUACAAAGUGGUGGAAUGCUUCACUCAAGAAAAUGUCCUUAUUUGCUCCAACUGCUACGGAAUUGGACAUUUUAGAAAAAAUUGCUCACAAAAGAAUGAAUCAACCUGUAAAACAUGUGGUGAAAAAUGUGCUAAUCUAAAAGAUCACCAAUGCUCAGGUAUACUGAAAUGCAUACACUGUGGCGGUGCACAUGUUUCGAGCGAUAAUCAAUGUAAAGUAGUAAGGAAUUAUCGAGCAGCUCUAACGAAAAACCUACUGGCGAAUUCACUACCAAAUGUGGAUAGAACAAGCAGUCAACAUCCAACAACGGGGAAUAAACCGAUAUAUCGUGCAACAAAUGGAGGACCAUCUUAUGUGUCGCUAGUUCGGGAAACAUAA